AGAAAUCAAUGGAGAACGCGACACCAUCACCAACCCCACCAGCUGAGGAGCUUCUAACGAAGAUCCAAGAGCUCGAAGCUGGUCAUGCUUACUUGAAACAAGAGAUGUCGAAGCUCAUGAUUUCAAGUGAUCACAAAUCGGACUCACAAAACCGCCAAAGGUCUCACUCUAUAUCGCCAAAGCGGUCUGCUAUGGCACCGACGUUGAGAGGCGGUGGCGCUGGUGGGUUUGAAGGUAGAGCUCCGGCGGCAUGGAAAAAGGGUUCGGCUUCUUUCCGCCAAUCGUCGCCGUUGCGGAGGGAAAGUCGGAGUUAUCAGGAUUACAGUGGCGGCGGCGAAAGCGGUGGUCCGGCGUCGGUGAAGUUUACUGAUAGGCAGUAUUUGAACAUAUUGCAGUCAAUGGGUCAGUCUGUGCAUAUAUUGGAUCUCACAGGUCAAAUAAUUUACUGGAAUCGAACUGCUGAACACCUCUAUGGUUACUCUGCUGCUGAAGCUCUUGAGCAGGAUGCCAUUGAGCUGCUAACAGAUGCCCAACACUUUGCUAUGGCUAAUAAUAUAGUGCAUCGUGUGACAAUGGGGGAGAGCUGGACAGGACAGUUCCCUAUCAAGAAUAAGCGAGGGGAUAGGUUCCUAGUGGUUGCUACCAAUACCCCAUUCUACGAUGACGAUGGCACUUUGGUUGGGAUUAUCUGUGUAUCAGGUGAUUCUCAGCCAUUCCGAGAAAUGAAGUCCAUAUUGUCCGGUACAAAUCACUUGGAAGCAGAUUCAAGCUUUAGUCGGACUAGGAGCAUUGCUUCAUCUAAACUUAGGCUUGAUCCUCAGCAACCUCUACAAGUUGCAAUUGCUUCGAAGAUAACAAAUUUGGCUUCCAAGGUGAGCAACAAGGUAAAGGCGAAAAUGAGGACUACAGAGAACAGCAUGGAUCAUGAAGGUGGAUGUGUCGAUAGUCAUCUUUCAGAUCAUGGUUUGUCAGAUGCAGCUCUGUCGGACCAUAGGGAGGAUGCAGCUUCAAGUGGAGCAAGCACACCCAGAGGCGACAUAUCACCAUCUCCAUUUGGGGUAUUUUCUCACAAUGGCCAUGAGGAGCACUCCCCAGUAAAAUCCUUAAGAGAUUCUGGUGAUGAGAGUGAAGCAAAACCUGGAAUCUCCAGGAUAAUUUCCUCUAAGGCAGAGGCAUGGAUGGGGAAGAAAGGCAUAUCGUGGCCAUGGAAAGGGAAUGAGCGGGAAGGGUCAGAGUUGAAAACCACUCGCUUUGUCUGGCCCUGGUUGCAUAAUGAUCAAGAGAGUGAAACCGUUCAACAGAAAAGUUUCAAUGCUGCUUCAAAACCUGAAAGUCAGGUGGGUGAAGCUAACCGGACACCUAAUAAUGAGGCUUCAGGAUCUUGGUCUUCGUCAUUCAAUGUUAACAGCACGAGCAGUGCAAGUAGCUGUGGUAGUGCGAGCAGUAGUGCUGUUAAUAAAGUGGACUUGGAUACUGAUUGUUUGGAUUAUGAAAUCUUGUGGGAAGACUUGACAAUUGGAGAACAAAUUGGGCAAGGUAUCAUAUUUUAG